GCGUGUACACGCUGUCUGACCUGCGUGACUUCGGUCGCAAGCGCGGCUGGUGCCCUUACUUCCUGGCUCGCCACAUGAUGUCGUUCGCCAAUGUGGUGGUCUACAACUACCAGUACAUGAUAGAUCCCAAGGUGUCGCAGAUGGUGUCCCGCGAGCUGGAGAAGGAGUGUGUUGUGGUGUUCGAUGAGGCACACAACAUCGACAACGUGUGCAUCGAGGCGCUGUCCGUCAACCUGCGCAAACAGACGCUGGAGGCGGCGGGAAGGAACCUGGGGCGGCUGAACAACUCCAUCCGCAAGGCCCGCGAGGCGGACGCUGCCCGCCUGCAGGCGGAGUAUAACCGACUGGUGCAGGGACUGGUGGCGCAGGGUGCCCUCCGCGGCGGCGAGGAGUGGCUGGCCAACCCCGCACUGCCCGAGGAUGUGGUGCGGGAGACAGUGCCGGGCAACAUCCGGCGCGCGGAGCACUUCAUGGGCUUCCUGGCCCGCUUCCUGGCCUUCCUGCGCGACAAGAUGGCCGCCCCCACCGUCACCAGCCAGAGCCCCACCGCAUUCCUGCAGGAGCUGCAGCAGCGGGUGCAGGUGGACGCAAAGACACUCAAGUUCUGCUACGACCGUCUGGGUUCGCUGCUGAAGACGCUUGAGAUCGCCAACACGGACGAGUACACGCCCAUCCAGUUGGUUGCGGACUUUGCGACGCUGGUGGGCACGUACUCCAAGGGUUUCGCCAUCAUCAUGGAGCCGUACGACGAGCGCCUGCCGCAGGUGCCCGACCCCGUGCUGCAGCUCUCCUGCCUGGACGCCUCACUCGCCAUGAAGCCCGUGUUCUCCAAGUUCCAAUCCGUCGUCAUCACGAGCGGCACCCUGAGCCCCAUCGACCUCUACCCGCGCAUCCUCAACUUCAACCCCGUGGCCAUCCAGUCCUUCCAAAUGACCCUCACUCGCGACUGCCUGUGCCCCGUCAUCGUCACGCGGGGGGCGGACCAGAUGCCCAUGUCCACCAAGUUCGAGAUGCGCAGCGACCCGGGGGUCAUGCGCAACUACGGGCGGCUGCUGGUGGAGCUGGCGGCGGUGGUGCCGGACGGCAUUGUGGCGUUCUUCGUGUCGUACCGCUACAUGGACCAGAUCAUAUCCAAGUGGCAUGACAUGGGCAUCCUGCAGGAGAUCAUGCAGCACAAGCUCAUCUUCAUUGAAACGCAGGAUGUGGUGGAGACCACACUAGCGCUCGACAACUUCCGACGCGCCUGCGACAGCGGCCGGGGGGCGGUGUUCCUGUCCGUGGCGCGAGGCAAGGUGGCGGAGGGCAUCGACUUCGACCGCCACUACGGCCGCGCCGUGGUGAUGUUCGGGGUGCCCUACCAGUACACCCUCAGUCGCAUCCUGCGCGCGCGGCUGGAGUACCUGCGCGAGACCUUCCAGAUCAAGGAGGCGGACUACCUGGCCUUUGACGCGGUGCGGCAGGCGGCGCAGUGCAUGGGGAGGGUCAUCAGGAGCAAGGCGGACUAUGGCAUGAUGAUCUUCGCCGACAAGCGCUACCAGCGUCACGACAAGCGCGACAAGCUGCCGCAGUGGAUUACCCGACACCUGCGGGAGGCGCACAUGAACCUGUCGACCGACAUGAUGGUUCACGUGGCCCGGGAGUUCCUCCGUUCCAUGGCCCAGCCGUACGACCGGGGCGCGGUGGGCAAGAGCCUGCUGAGUGAGGCGGCGCUGGCGGCACUGGAGGCGGCGGGGGGGCUGGAGGGGGCGGGGGCGGCGGGGGCGUGAGGGGAAGGGGAAGGGACGGAAGGAGUAGCAGAGGGAAGGGGCACAGCAGGCAAAGAGGAGAUAGCUGGCGAUGGGGUAUGUGCUGAAGAGUGGUGUGAUAACUCGGGGCGCGUGUGUUGUAGUGUUUUAAAGAGAGGGAUGCAGCUUGGUGCGGUUGACUGUCUUGCUGUCGCCAUGUGCUGCUACUGAAACAUUCGAGUUGCUUGGCUGGGCGGAUGAGCGAAUAGAGGCCUCGAAGGGCUUUUGCAGGUGCUUGCGAUGAGUGUUGUCUUGUUUGGCGUGCGUACGUUAAUGGGCGUUGGGCAGGUGUGGAUGCGCAAGGAGGCUGACCGAAUUGUAGACAAGCUCUCUUAUAUUGUUUGUAGCAGGAAAACCGCCUUAAAACGUAUUAGGACAUUCGGGAUCUCGGCAGGUGAGGGGAGGUGACAGCGCAGGUUUAGUCGCACAUAUGGCUUUUACUGCUUGACUUGGAUGGGUAGCAAGGAUGGCAUCCAGUGCUUCCACCGAGGGGAGCACUGGAACAUGAAGGACAGAAUGUGAGCGAUAGAAGUGUUGCAGGACGUUGGCCUGUUGGAAGUAUACGGCAGAUGUGGAAUGUUGCGGACCAACGGCGAACCAGGGGUGCAACAACAUGUGCAAUACCUAAUAGGGUCUGGGGCACACUCCAAAGGCACCACAUUUGCCCAACCAUAUAUAGGGGG